AUGCGAAACAAGUUGGUGAUUCCACAUGAGUUGAAUAGCCGAGAUCAGCAUCAGGUUCUUUGGAAAUAUGUUUCUUCUGUCAAGAAGUAUGGUGUGAUUCAAGGAGUCAGGGGCGAACCCUGGUGCGUGCUGUCUGAUGGCAACAAGCCGCCUUGGAGGAUGUUGAGCUGGGGAACGCUUUCACGUGCCGUCUACGCCGCGUACGAGGAAGAUGAAACGAACCCUAAAGUUCUCAAAAGCAUCACCACCGGUUUGCGGAACGCAAUUGUGCUCCAUUGCCGGACGCCUACGGAUUGCCUGGUCUACUUGCGUGAUUUUCAUAAUCGCUGGCAUGGUGGAUCGUCGAUGACUUUCACGGACACGAUUGCCGAGACGAUCAAUCUUGACAAAGCCUGGUUGGGUUACGCGAAGUCAAAAGGCUGGCAAGUCAGAACUUGCGGCGCAGGGCAGAAUUCAUGGGCCGCCCGUCAGUGGGCAUUUAUCAGCUCCCAGAGUCCGGAGAAGUACUCAAGUGCAAAUGUGUUUCUCCAUGCCAAAGCAUUGGCCACUUGGUUGUCAAAAUCCGGCCUCAUGCAGGAUCUCCGAAGCUACUGCGGAAGUUGUGUCUUCUUUGACGAACCUAGGUUGUCGAACAGUAAUGUCAUCCACUUGUUGCACUCGUGGGGCCUGAUUCUGCAACAAUACAGACAAAUUGACAACUCUUCCAAAAGGCUUUUGUUCCUGGAGGGCUUGGCAUUCAUGAUGCCGUGCACCGCUAUGGAGCCGCAUCCCGACAUGACAUGUUCCGGCCGAGAAGUGCCUUGGUUGUUCGAGACCGUCGACAUGGAUCUCAUGAAGCUUGUUCACACCCCUAUGGCCACUUCGCAGAUCUACACGAGGGCGGCCAAUGGCGGGAAUGGAAAAGGGAAUGGGAAAAACAAACGAAAAGCUACUGAGUCAGAUUCCCCCAAUGGUGAUGAAGAAGGCGGAGGUGAAGGUGGUAGCCGUAGCAACAAAAAGGGCAAAGGAAAGGGUGUUGCGAAGUCCACCAAAAGAAAAGGCAGUCAGAAAGGAGGGAGCGGGACUGGACAUGAAGAAAAGUCUGAAAGAACAGCUGCGUGGCAAAGCAUCUUGGGUUCAACAACAAACCCCAUCACUUCUCAGAAUGAAUCAGAGAGCAAUGCUGAGAUGCCUGUUCUUGAAGCAACAGAAGACUCUGACAUGAAUGCAAGUGAUGCUGUGAACCCUGAUGCCGCUUUUGCAGCCAAAGUGUUUGCUGGGCCUGAAGAUGGCGCUGCACGUCAAGUGCUUUGGCUUGAUGACAUGGUGUCUUCAUGUCUCCGGGUGGUUGAUUUCGAAUUUGGAAAGGAUGAGUGUGGAGUCCAUCGUCUUCCAAAAGGUUUGUCUGAGGCCAUGGUGUCCCGAGUCAUCUCCUUCUUUUUCUCAUCGUCACUCGAGUUUGCAUGGAAGAAGUCAUUGACUCUUUCAGGCAAAACGUUGAAGCAGUGGACACAGGUACGUCCUGCAUUGCAGGAAUUGAUUCGCAAUGCCUUCAUUGAAAUGAAGACAGGCACAGCCACUACCGCUUCCGGUGAGGGAAGUGGUUCUUCAUUGUCAGCAGCAGCGAUGGUUUUGGGUACCAACACAAAUCAAGCAAUUGUUUCCAAACUUUUGAACGCUUGCAAGCAAGAUGAAAGCGAGGUGGCACCGGAAGUGAAGGAAUGUCCGGCCCCAGAGGAACAAGCAAAGAACGGCAACGCUAAAGAUUCCGCAGUGCCAGGAGCUGCAGCCAAGUCGGCUGACAAGACUGCCGAAGUGGAGAUGACGCACAAGAGUCUGACUGAAGUCUUAGGGUUCGUGCCUUCGGAUGCUAGCAUGCUGUCCCACAUAGCUUCGGGGAAUUUGGAUGCCUCUCCAGUAGGUGGUGCGAAUGUCUUUGAACCCACAACAAUUACCCUUCCAGACCAUGUUCCCUUUGACUUUGUGGCAAUUCGAGAGAUCAUGACGGAAUUGCAGGCAGCAAUUUUCCGUUGGGCUUAUUCGUAUGAAUCCAGGAAACACAUGGAAGAUAUCUACGUUGACAUCUCCAAGCCGUCACCUGCAGUCUUGUGCAGAUUUCCAUGUGAGCUGACCAAGGAGCAGGACUUCUGCCUGCCACUGGCAGGGACUGUCUCAUUGACCCCUUCCAACCAUUCCUUGCCACUUUGCGUAGUGAGCAAGGAGAUGACCCCAGCCGCGCGUUCUACGGAGGGUGUCUCCUGGGAUGCAGAAGAAUCUGAGUUGAAGGUCGUCAUAUAUGUGACUGGAGAUUCUCACAAGUGUAUUGGUGGGGAUCAAUUUGUGCCUGCGUGGUCCGUCAAGUCGGUGUCCAAAGACCCUUUUCUCGCUUUGGGUCCUAUUCGACUUGAUGUCCGCAAACCAGAGUCAUGGAUGCCUAGAAAAAACAUAGUGCAGAAGGACCAGAAGAAGAAGGAUCAGAACCGUCAGAAAGAUCAGACUCCCAAGAAAGACCAAGCCGUGGAGAUUUCAGAUGAUUCUCCUGAAAAGACGACCGAGGUGCCCAAUGCAACCAAGGAUGGUCAGGUAGCCAAGGUUGCUUCGCAGGUUCUUGAUGUUGAUGAUGACGCGGAGGAGGAGGAGACGCUUUCAAUCCAGGCACCUUGUCUCAUGCCUACGCAUCCUUUCGGGGAUCUGAAGCAGGCCGGGGACAAUAUCCCAUUUGCAGAGUUGACUCGGGGAUCUUUUCGUGAAGGCACUGGAUCCAGCAGCCACAUCCGCCAGCUCGGAAAGGUGAUGGACAAGCUUGGAUUUGGUGCCCUACGUGCCAACCUGAUCAAGUCUGAGGCAGAUGACGGGCAGCAGCCAGGGCCGGCUCAAAGUAAAGCAGCCAAGAAGGCGUUGAAGAACGCCGACCAUUUGCUCAGGUAG